AACCCACUUCGCCCGCUUAUGUGACUCGCUCUUGCUUUGAAAUCAAAGUAGGAAUUUCACCGCAGACCUCAAAGGAGCCCCAGUGCCUCUGCUUCCUUGUCGACAUCAUCUUCCUCUCUACAACAACAUACCCUCAUCUAACGACGACUUGAUCGAGAAAAAUCAUUCAAGAUGGCGCGUCGUCCGGCAAGAUGUUACCGAUACUGCAAGAACAAGCCGUAUCCCAAGUCCCGCUUCAACCGUGGUGUCCCCGACCCUAAGAUCCGUAUCUUCGAUCUUGGCCGAAAGCGUGCGACCGUCGAUGACUUCCCUCUCUGCAUCCACCUCGUCUCCAACGAGUACGAGCAGCUGAGCUCCGAAGCUCUUGAAGCUGCCCGUAUUUGCGCCAACAAGUACCUCGUCAAGACUGCCGGAAAGGAAGGUUUCCACAUGCGUGUCCGCGCUCACCCCUACCACGUCGUCCGUAUCAACAAGAUGUUGUCUUGCGCUGGUGCCGAUAGACUGCAGACUGGUAUGCGUGGUGCCUGGGGUAAGCCCAACGGUACUGUUGCCCGUGUCAACAUUGGUCAGAUCAUCCUGAGUGUCCGAACUCGUGAUUCUAACCGUGCCGUCGCCCUUGAGGCUCUCCGACGAUCCCAGUACAAGUUCCCUGGCCGACAAAAGAUCAUCAUCUCCAAGAACUGGGGCUUCACUCCUCUCCGACGUGAGGAGUACCUCGAGAAGAAGGCUGCUGGCCGUGUCAAGGUUGACGGUGCCUACGUUCAGUUCCUCACCAACCACGGUAACCUUGCGCAGAACAUCAAGCGUUUCCCCGAAGCGUUUACUGAGUCUGCUUAAAUGGAUUAUCGUGACAAGGAAGCAAUUCUGGGUUGAGGGGACAGGCGUAUAAUGGAUUACCAUAGCACUGCUACAUGACAGUCAAUUCGGAUCUUGCAUUUACACAGUAGCAUUGCUGGCUUAGUGACAUUAGUUCUAUGAAUUCCUAGAUCAAGAAAACAGUAAAACCCACCGUAUCUAGCUUCAAGAUUGAUUGCAAUAUUCUUCCUAAU